UUGAAAGGAGAUUAAAUUUUAUAUAUACAUUUUUUUUUUAAUAAAAAUUCUUUGAAAUCAAUAAAAGUUUGCAUAAACAUUAUUUUGGUCUACUCUUUCGAGUGCAAAUUCAAAUCAUCAGAGUACCAUCUUCAGAUGCAAUUAGACAAAAUUUCAACAUUAUAAAAAUCCAACAAUUAUGUCAAAAUUUUCGACAACCUCCAAUCGCCAACUGAAUACGCGCAGCUCCGACAUCGAUGCCCUGGCUCAGCGUGGCUACAAUAUCGGACACAAAAUUGGCGAGGGUUCCUAUGCGACCGUUAUCACAGCUGGCUAUGCCGACGAUGCGGGUCAUGGUGUACAUUUGGCCUGCAAAAUAAUUGAUAAGGCCAAGGCACCCUCGGAUUUCGUACACAAAUUCUUUCCGCGUGAAUUGGAAAUUCUAACAAAAAUCGAUCACCCAAACAUCAUACAGAUACACAGUAUACUACAGCGUGGCCCGAAAAUUUUCAUCUUCAUGCGUUACGCGGAGAAUGGUGAUCUAUUGAGUCAUAUCAAGAAAUCGGGACCGGUUGAGGAGUUGCAAGCGAAAGCCUGGUUCAUGCAAAUGGCGAAAGCGCUCAAGUAUCUGCAUUCGCACGAUAUCGCGCAUCGCGACUUGAAAUGCGAGAACAUCUUGCUUUCGAAACGUCUCAAUAUCAAAUUGGCUGACUUCGGCUUUGCACGCUAUUGCUGCGACGAUAGUGGACGUGAAAUUAAAUCGGAAACCUAUUGCGGUUCGGCGGCCUAUGCCGCACCCGAGGUCGUAUGCGGUCGACCAUACGAUCCGAAAUUGGCCGACGCUUGGUCACUUGGCGUUAUACUAUUCAUAAUGUUGAAUGCGAAAAUGCCAUUCGACGAUAGCAAUCUCAGCAAGUUGCUGGACGAUCAGCGUAAUAAGAAGUUCGCUUUUCGACGGAAAUUACAAGAUCACAUUUCGGCGCAGGCCAAGGCCACCGUGGCGGUACUAUUGGAGCCGGAACCGCAUGCGCGUUGGAAUUUACGUGAAAUAUUGAAUUGCAGCUGGUUGCGUGCCGACGAGGAGGAACCGUUGGCUUAGUCCUAAGACGAACACACGUACGUCAUACAACAUGCGACAGUUUGAGCAGCAUGUCUGAUUGGUUUUGGACCUAAUGCCGUUGAAUUUUUGUAUGGGAAAAAAAGUAAUUCUUCAUAUCUUUAUAUAUUUUUUUUUUGAUUUGCGCAUGUAAAAUGUUGGUCAUUCGUGAAAUUGCCCUCUGAACACACUGUAAAGUCUGUAUUUAAAACAAUUUUAGUUCUGAAAUUAUUAUAUAUAUAUGCAUGCAUGUAUAUAUAUA